CAAGCUUUGUCGAUCACCUCCAUGCUUUCCUAUAAAAUUCCAUGGCUGCUAAAAACCUAAUUAAGCCCUACCACCUACAUCCACAGUACAGACAGGCAGAGCUAAGCUAAGCUAAGUACGUCAGCAAUGGCGGACGCGGCGGAGCAGCAUCACCGGCAGGAAGAGACUGCGGCGGCGACGACGACGCCGCAGCAGAUGAUGAUGCGGCGGCGGCGGGCGCGCGCGUCGAGCGAGUACCUGGGCGUGCGGCGGCGGCCGUGGGGGCGGUACGCGGCGGAGAUCCGCAACCCGUACACCAAGGAGCGCCACUGGCUCGGCACCUUCGACACCGCCGAGGAGGCCGCCGUCGCCUACGACCUCUCCGCCAUCUCCAUCUCCGGCGCCGCCGCCGCGCGCACCAACUUCCUCUACCCCGACAUGCACCACCACCACCCUUCGCCGCCGCAGCACGCGCUGUCUCCGGCAGUGCCACCGCCGCCACCGCCGCCGCCGCCGUCGCCGCUGUACGAUGAUGAUUACCUGUCGCCGGCGGCGGCGGAGGAGGAAGUGGAGGCCGGCGACGACGAGUCGCUGACGAUCGCGACCAUCCUGCAGAGCUUCCAGUAUCAGCAGAGCGUCCCACCGGCGUCAUCGGGUUCCAUGUUUUAUUAUUAGCAAAAUCUGAUUGAUUGAUUAAUUUAAUUAACCUGGUGAUCAUCAGAAAUAUCAGGAUAAUUAUAUAAGCUGUCAUCAGUCAUCACUGGGGAUAAUCAAUGAUGAUUAGCUUAAUUUUUGAGAGAUUGAUUAACACGCACAUGUGGCGCACACCAAUGCAUAUACAGUUUGGCGUUUAUGAAUUUUCUGAUUUGUUUUCAUGUAGUCCUAUUUCAUAUUUUUAGAGUAUUGGAUCAAAACCCAACAACCUACUCUCUUGUUUAACUCCCAAGUUUGUCGUAUUUGGACGAAAUUUGAUCGCUGACACCGAAAUUUUUUUAAAAAAUUUGGGGGGUUUUUGGUACUUUUUGACACGAAAUUAGUUUAAAUUUUAACCAAAUUCAUAAAU